AUGGCGCACAAGCGGUCGCUCGACGCCGCCGUGCCGGAGCAGGAGGCGGCGCAGUCCCCGAGGAAGCGGCUGCAGCGGGCGGUGUUCCUCGUCAUGUCGCUUGAGAGGAGGAGGGCGAGGACGCUCACGGUCGACCAGAUGUCGCACAUGGUUCGCCAGGUGCAACUCGAUAUGACCAAACUGUUUCUGAUUCUGAUGGUGCUCGUCGCGCGGCUUGGCUCGGUGGAGAGUUUGCUCCUCCAGCUCCCCAACAUGCUGCAGGGAUUAUUGGCGGAACAGCUUGGUGCUUUCCGAAGAUCUGUUAUGGUAUCCAUGGAAGAUAUGAUCCAGGCAGCUCGCCAAACAGAGAUGCAGAAACCACAAGCAGCUUCGCUUCCUGCUGGUGUUUAUGAGCCUUCAAGUUCAAGGGCGAUAUCAGAAGCUCCUCCUGAAACUGGAGGCAGCUCUGGAGUAGUCAAGCUACGGUUUGUUGGUGCUGACAGACCAAGAGAUCCACUUUUCACGAGUUGUCCAGUAAAAUGGCAUAAUGGACAAAACGCUAAGGUAGCAAUAUUUCGAAAUGAGAAGCAAAUCACAGGCGGUGAUCUUUCUAAGCUGCAAAUUGAGAUUUUGCCAGUCAAUGCUGAUUUCUUUACUGAGAGAGGACAAGAGGAUUUCACCGAAGAGGAAUUCAAAAAACAUAUACAUAUGUGUAAAGGGAAAGAGUCGGUAUUAACAACUGUUAAUCUAAGAAAUGGUGAGGCCGAUCUUGGUUCCAUCAUCUUUACACAGAGCUCCCACCUGAAAAAGCUACGAUUGACAGCAAGAGUCAAAAGGCAGGAUCUUACAGUCAGAGUUCAAGAAGCAAUCACUGAUCCUUUUGUUGUCAAAGACCGCCGAAGUGAAUCAAAUGAAAAGAGUUAUUUUCCAUGUAAGGGAGAUGCGGUACAUACAUUGAAGAGAAUUUCCCCAAAUGGAAAACGUUUCACUGCCCUUCAGGGGAAAAAGAUUACUACAGUGAAGCACUUGAUGCGUCACUAUCACAAAGAUAAAUCUGCUCUACAAAAGCUUACUGGCAUGAAGAAGGAGGAAUGGAAUACCAUGAUUAAACAUGCCACCAUGUGUGAUCCUGGGAAUGAGAUCUAUUCUUAUAGAGUCGCAGAGGAAAAUUGUGAACUGUUAUUCAACGAUUUCUACGAUCUCGUUGGUAUGAUUAGCAAUGGAUGCUAUGUUCCUGUCAGAACCCUUGGUCAGUUUCAGCAGCUGAAUAACUGGAAAAUAUCCGGGUACAAAAGACUUGAGGAGCGAGAGAACUCAGGGGAUCUUAUCCCAGAUUACUUGAUGAUGAGUGACGGCCCUGUCCGUGCGAUGCCUCUUAACAACAUCGCAGGUUCUUCUGUACAAUCUAGACCGGCAUGGCAAUAUCCUAAUGACAUGUCUGCACAACAAGAAUUUCGUGAGCCACAGCCAUGUUGGCAGCAGAAUGAGUUCUCACCGGCCGAAGUCCGGUCAAGCAAUGAAGCUGGUCCUUCAAAGCAAAAAGCACCACUGUUUUCACAGCACACUGAGUAUCAAGAUCUCGGCCAGCAUGGUCCUUCUAUGCCACACUGUCAUCUGCACCAGGGAAAUAUCUUGAAUGGUCAGGGACCAUUCUCAGGACAGCCAACUAUUCCUUCCUACAAUGUUCUGCCGGUUCCAGAGGAGGACUUGAUCACAGGUACAAGUCUAAUUGGGCAACAGAAUGGACACUUAAACUCUCUGACGACUGAUGCUCCUGAACUUGAUCAGCACCAUCCUUCUAUGCCCCGGAAUGGAACUCCUUACUACCCGGCCCAGGAAAAUAUUUUAAAUGGUGAAGGAUCAUUCUCAGGACAGCCAACUAUUCCGUCCAACAUUUUUCCUCCAGUUCCGAAGGAUGACUUGAUCACAGGUGCAGGUCUAAUUGACCAACAUAAUGGACACUUAAGCUCCUCAAAGACUGAUGCUCCUGAUGGACUUAGUCAGACAACCUCUUCAUUUAACCAUGCGGACGAUGACAUCUCGAUGGAGUUAUCUACACCUGAAUUGCAGGCAAUUCUACAACAAGUGAAUCUGCCAGACCAGGGCUUUCUACAAGAUGACGACGGUGAACUGCCGAAUUUCAGCAUCCAGCUUGAUGGUUAUGAACAUGGUGGCGGCAACCUGUGAUUGAACUUGACACGACUGCAACCGGCAUUCCUCUACCGGACUGAACUAUUAUAGUGUGACAAAACCAUAGUGUUGUAAAUAUCAAAUGUUGUACCCCAGCCAUGUAAAGCUUGUAUGGCUAGUGGGUACUGGCUAUACUAGACAUUUGGCUUGCAUUCUCAUCAAUAAACACCGUUAGCAAAUGUUUGUGCUGCUAAACUUUGUGUAAUCCUAUGAAAGUAGUAUGAAUCAAGCUUUCUA